UCCACGGAUAUCGUUUACACCCUUAAAUUUAAUGAUAAAAUGUGGGCAAACUGCUUUACAUUAAUCAAUUGAGAAAAACCCGGAUAACUUACCGUGUCAGGUUACACUGCCAUGAGGAUGAACCGACAUUCAGGAGCAGGGGACAUGGGAUCUCCUUUAAAACACUUUACGAAUGCAAAGAAAAAAAUCAAUGUUUUGUUUUCUGACAUCCAGACUUACAUUGAAGAGUUUGGAGAAUUCAUUGAUGAUAUUGGAAACAGUGAUGAAAAUAUAAUUAUUGAAGAGGAACUAGAAGAUGAUGUUCUUGCAGCCUUGGAGAAAAUAAAUGGAAUAAAAGAUAUGUUAACCAGAAAUCAUAUGAAGGUUGUUUUCUUUGGUCGAACAAGUAAUGGCAAAAGUUCUGUUGUGAAUGCAAUGUUAUGGGACAGAAUACUUCCAACUGGUAUUGGGCAUACUACCAAUUGCUUUUUGUCAGUUGCUGGUUGUAGUGAUGAAGGAAGUACAUCUACUGACUCUGAUGAGGGUGCUUAUUUAUUGUGCAAUGGCUCAGAAGAGAAACGAAGUAUUAAAAGUGUAACGCAGCUCAGUCAUGCUUUGAGCGAAGAAAGUAUGUCACCUGAUAGUCUUAUACAGGUGUUCUGGCCAAAAAGCAAAUGUGCAUUGCUAAAGGAUGAUGUUGUGUUAGUGGAUAGUCCUGGCAUUGAUGUUAGCCAUGACCUUGACCAAUGGAUUGAUAAAUAUUGCUUGGAUGCCGAUGUUUUUAUUCUUGUUGCAAAUGCUGAAUCAACUUUAAUGCAAGCAGAAAAGAAGUUUUUCCAUCGGGUUAAUGAGAAAUUGUCCAAACCAAACAUCUUUAUCUUAAACAACAGAUGGGACGCAUCUGCAUCGGAACCAGAACUCAUGGAGCAGGUCCGUCAGCAGCAUUUGGAAAGAGGGAUUUCGUUUCUGGCCGAUGAACUGAAAGUAAUAUCUAAGUCACAAGCAAAGGACCGAGUUUUCUUUGUUUCAGCAAAAGAAACACUGCAAUCCAGAAUGCCAAAGGUCCCAGGAAAAGCUGAUAGUCCUGUGUACAUGGCUGAUGGACACCAAGUACGUCUGAUGGAGUUUGCGCGAUUCGAACGCGAGUUUGAGGAAUGCAUUUCACGCUCUGCAACUCGAACAAAGUUUGAAUACCACACUCAAAGGGCAAGCAAGAUAAUUGACCAACUGCAUUCUAAAGCUGAAUGGCUUUAUACAAAAGCAACAGAAUUAAUGAAUGAAUGCAGAGACAGAAGAGUGUUCUUGCUACAAAGACUUGAAUAUAUAGACAACCAGAUGAAGUUGGUAACCCAACGAUCAAAAGAUGGCAUUGUUGCAUUGGCCAAUGAAGCAGAACGACAAGUCCGAGUUGCUAUGAGCGACGAGAUAAGACGCUUACCGCUUCUCGUGGAUGAAUUUCAGCGACCUUUUCACCCCAACCCGAUGGUGUUGCGUGUUUAUAAAGCUGAGUUAUACCGCCAUAUUGAAGAAGGUUUGGGCCGUAACUUACAUGCUCGCUGUAGUGGUGCUCUGCAGAAACAAAUCGACAAAAACCGCAAUGUUAUGAUCGAUUCAAUCCAACCGCUAUUGAUGACAUCACCACAUGGAAGUCAAGAUAAUGGAGAUUCAAGUUCUGUCGAUUUUGUUCAUACUGAAGAACCAGCUUCAAAGUUUAAAUUAAUGAGAUCCAAUUCCAUCCAGCCAAGUUUUGACAUGUCGUAUGAUAUUGAUUGCACAAGUUUGUGCUCCGACUUCCAGGAAGAUAUUGAUUUUAAAUUCUCACUCGGUUUCUCACAACUUAUCGCAAGGUUUGUCGGCCCGAAAGAAGCUCGUCGUUCAAGAUUUGGUGGAAUAUCAAAUGAUGUGGUGUCCAUACCACCAACACCCAACAGUGGUAAUGCUGUGGCCGAUCAAGAAGGAAGAGCACACCAGGUCGCUACCCAAGAUUUUCUGUGGUCGCUUGCAUCGGGCUACUUCCAGUAUACUCAAUCACAUUCCACUGUGUUUGUUGUUUGCUUGGGUAUGCUUCCAUAUGUGUUUUGGAGGUCAAUAGGUUGGAGAGUGGUUGCUUUCUCUGCUGUGUCAUAUUUUGCUUUGUAUGGUUAUGAACGGAUAACAUGGUCCUCACGUGCAAAGGAAAAAGCAUUGAAGAGACAAUUUGUGGAACAUGCAACGGAUAAACUCAACUUAAUCAUCAGUUUUACAAGUUCCAAUUGUUCUCACCAGGUACAGCAGGAACUUUCUGGCACUUUCUCACGACUCUGUUGUGAAAUUGAAGAAGUUCGAAAGGAAAUCGAGCAGGAAUCCGAAGACUUACUUCACCGCUGCAAUCAUCUUACACAGGCACAAACUCAAUCAAAAACACUUCGUAACAAGGCUGGUUGGUUGGCAGCAGAGUUGGAAUCCUUUGCCAAGACCUACCUUACACCCCCACCCACUUUCAAUGGUGGUACAUCAUAAUUGCUCAAUGGUGGUACAUCAUAAUGGUGAUUGCUCUUCAAAAGUUGUGCUUUUUGCUUGUUUAUUAUAUGAUAUAUAACAUGAAUUGCACAGUGUAAAGCAAUUAUUGAAUGUUCUGCUGCGGUUACAGUUAAAAGUAUAAAUAAAAGUGUUGCAAUUUCUUUAAGCUAUGUACCACUGUUUGCAACUAAUUAUUCCGAUAUGUGGCAUGUAUUUAACCCACACAACUUAAUUAUUUUAGGAUUUAAAUUAAAUGUACAUUUAAUUGGUGCCCUACACUUGCUGUUACUUUUUUUUGAUUUCCUACACAUACAUACGUUGUGCAGUGUUAUACAAUGUUUUAUGUGAAACACA